GCGCAAUGGAAAAAUAUAUUCUGUCAAUCAAAGUCACUGCGUCGGUUUCGAAUCUAGCAAUGAAUGAAGAGUCUAAGAACAUAGUCAAAAUCUAUCAAGAAAUAGUGAUCGAUGAGUCAAUGGAAGACGAAAGUGGAAUUGUAACACUUUUAAAUUCUUCUGAAAAACCACUUGUACCAAAUUCUUAUAUCCACUUGUUCCCACGUAGCUUCACGUCUAGCCAUCUCUCUGACCUCUUAUGUGAUGAACAAGUUUCUGUUCCUCCGAUGACUGAGGAGGAAGAUGUUCCUUGUUGUGGGUAUAUAGGUAAACAAAUAGCUCGUCAAAUCAAUCACUCGUUUGCUAAUGAUGUUUCUCUGAGAGAACCUGUUUUCGUUACCGUCGGUGUGAAAUUCAUCUGGGAGAUACGUGUGAUUUUCUCGCCUGUUGGUUCUGUUCCGAGAGGUGCUUCCGCUGAAGUAUUACAGAGGUUGUCGGAAGAACAGAGUGUGGAUUCUCCGUGUUCGAUUUGUACACCGGAUUCUACGUGUUCGAUUUGCUUUGAGAAUUUUUCGGGAAUCAUCAUCCGGAUGCCUCGAUGUCUGCAUAUGUUUCAUAAAGAUUGUCUUUUCAAGUGGCUUGUUCGUCAAAACUCGUGUCCCUUGUGUCGCGGUGUUCCGUACGAGGAGGAGACUCAAGAUUUAGGGUUACGGUUAAGAAGAUUUUGGAGUUCUGUUUGAUUUCUUAAGGGUAAUCCUUCUUACAUAUUCCGUUCUGUCUCGAAUUUUUUCUGUAUCGACGUUCUGAUAUAUCAUAUAUGGUUUUCUUGUAAAA